GUGAUAUUUGGGAAGUGGGCUACAGGAUCUAAAGAGAGAAACAUCGGUGGACUGACAUUACAAGGUCACUUUAAUGUUAUCUAAUAUACAUCAGUGCAACGAUGAGGCUGACUCUGUUGUGUCUGUCCCUUUUUUUGGUUCAUAUUCAUUUUUCAUUGGCCAAGAAAACCGUAAGUCUUGGUAAGAUAAAUCUUUUUAAGAAGACCCCCAAAACAAAUAACCCAGAUACCAAAUUCAAGGGUGGAAUCCUCACACAGCCGAAACAACCUAAUCAACCAAGCAGACCAGGAGGUUACCCUAAUCAAGGAGGCUACCCUAAUCAAGGAGGCGGCUACCCUAAUCAAGGAAGCUACCCUAAUCAAGGAGGCUACCCUAAUCAAGGUGGUUACCCCCAGCAACCAGGGCGACCAGGGGGUUACCCCAAUCAAGGUGGUUACCCUAAUCAAGGUGGCUACCCAAAUCAAGGAGGCUACCCUAAUCAAGGUGGUUACCCCCAGCGACCAGGGGGUUACCCUAAUCAAGGGGGUUACCCUAAUCAAGGAGGUUUCGCCCAGCAGCCAGGAUACCCAGCUGGGAGCUAUCCAGCUGGAGGUUACCCAGCACACGGUGGUGGUUAUGGCGGUUACGGUGGUCCUCCAGGUGGAUACAUGAACAGAAACCCAAACAACAAAGUCCUAAGCCCACAAUAUGGUGGCAGUUUUGGAUAUGGGGGCUAUGGUGGUGGGGGCGGUUCUCCCUUUUCCCACUCAGUUCAGUCAAUGGGCAUGUAUCCCUCUGAUAGGUCCAGAGGGUUUGGACGCAGUGCAGUGGUGGCAGCAGCUGGAGGGGCUAUGGUGGGGAUGGCUCUGGGCUACGGGCUAGGGAGGUUCCCCCGUCCCCCCUUCAACUUCCACAACUCCCAGGAGGAGCAGUACUACAACAACUACAUGUACAGGAAAUAUGGUUCCAAGUCCACUGAUACCAACGACUACAGCAGAGACUACAAAUACAUCCAACCUCCUGAAACCUAUGAUAGCUACAUGGACUCCUGCAUGAAGAGAACAGACAUUCUGCCUGCGGGGAAUCCAAAAACAAACAACAACCCAGCUGCUACCACCUCAACAACAACUACAACUGCUAUUGCAACUACCAAGACUACUUCUGUAAAUAUCACAACUACUGCGGCCCCAGACUCUGGCAUUGACAGCAACACAACACAAUCUAACAGCACUGCAGGAGAAAGCCCCUUGACCUCUGCACCUUCAACUCUACACCCUCUAAAUGAGUCAGGAGCCGAUCCUCUGCCUCCAGCUGCACAGGUUCUCAGAAAAUCUGUCAGUGAUGAUAAUGAUGAUGACGAUACAGUCAGCAUUGUGGAGAUCGGUUACCCGGCACUGAUUGAGCAGCUGAAGGCCAGGAGGUGUGUAGAGCUGUACAUAGCCUACUCUGAAAAGUACUUGAAGAAAAAGGAGAAGCCCAGCACCACAGCCGGUGGGGUGCAGCGACUGGAGAUGGGCUUGCAGGGGCUUUUAGCUGUUGUCACCAGUACAACAAUGAUGCUUCUCAAUAGCAACAUGCAUAUGCUGCUCUACUAAGGCCUUCAGUAACAGUUAUAUUGGUAGAAACUUCAGUUUUCUGGAGUCUAGUAGAGUCUAGCUUGGAAGAGAGUAUAGGUAACAGUUUCAGUUCCCAUUUGGAAAGAUUUGCAAGUAUUCUAAAAGUAGAGUAUACUCAUAUUUAUUCAUUUCAGUUAAGCUUUCCUUUUGAGUACUAAAAAAUGUUUCACUGACUGCAUUGGUUUCUCCAAAUGUGUACCUGCUAACUGUCAUCUACUGUAAAUAACAUAAUGACUAUGUAUAAGUACUUCGUCCAACCCAACUUCAAACUCAACCAUCCCUUCAGCGUAGAUUUCAGAAUGAAAUCGGCUGUUUGUUUGUCCAGACUGAAAUGAUCAUGUGUGCUGAUAUAUGUGGAGGAUUACGUUUUUGAAAGAUGGUCAUAAUAAAUCAUACUUAUCAUGGUACCACCCUAAACUGAGAUGGUGAACAUGGUAAAUAUUGUGAGCAUGUUUGCAGGCUGACAUUUAACUAGAAGCACCACUGUACUUAAAUACGGCCUAACAGAGCAUGAGCUGCUGUAGACUCAGCCUUGUUUCAUUUAUUUAUGCCACCUGUCCAGUGUCAGUGCCCGAGGGGAUUAGUUUGCACCAUGGGGCUCGUACUCUGUCAUGGUGAUCUGCGUGUAUAAAUAGCUGGAGAGAAUGGAGAUGUGCUUUAAGUAGGAAACAGUAAUUGAGUUAACUCAUGAAGUUCUGGUGUUGUUGGAGGAAUGUCUGAUUAAAGGAUUGAAUGUGAUGAAGAAUAAGAAUGUAAAUGUGAUACAGUUUUUGUUUACAUUGUAAGUUUAACAGAGUAUCUGGUCAAUGGUUCACAUGGUUGUACAUGACAUAACACCCUUUAUGCCAACAUCAUUAAGUGGGAAAAAAACAGACACACACACAUACACAUAUAAUAUUGUGCUUAUGUAGCUUCUGAUUGCAGAAGUUCUACAAGAUCUCUCAUUCAUUAUUUACAUAUGUUGCAAGAGUAGUAAAACAAUAUAUUCAUAACAAAAUGUAGUAUUACUUUCAGAAAGCCACAAAAAUCACAAUAUACAACUAAUUAUUUACGACGUAUUUGAUCUGAUGUAUCAACUAAAAUAAAGUGUUUGUUUUUUACUGUCAUGACUGCUUCCUAUUUUAUAGAAACUGUUGAUUUCAGGUUCAUAUAGUGAUACAGUUUUCAAGUUUGUAUUGCAGGACUUACAAGGGCCAGCAGGUGGUGUCAUCAACUGUAUUCAAUAAAGGAA